UGAUGGAAAAUUUGGGCCCAAAACACCGGUCCGAUAUAUAUCUAAUUGGGGGGAUGGGAUGGCUAAUAGGCUACUGUCUAAUACCGGUAGUGGCAUACCUCAUAAGAGACUUUCGAUACAUGCAUUGGGCAGUUGUCUGUCCACUAGUCUGUAUGGUUUGUUGGCUAUUCUUCAUGAAUGAGUCCCCGCGUUGGCUCAUCACUAGUGGUAAUACAGCUAAAGCUGAAAGGGUUUUGAGACAAAUAGUUCAGCAAAACGGCUUAAGCGAAGACAACUUCGACGAAAAGUUUUCUGAACUUACGGCACAUUUGCAUUUGAGUCAAAAACAAGAAAAGACAUACACUUUCUUCGAUCUGUUGCGGACACCAAAUCUCCGCAAAUACUCUCUGGUCUUCGGCUUCUCGUGGCUCGUCAUCGGUUUAGUCUACUAUGGCUUUAGUCUCAAUAUGGCUGACUUCGGCGGCAAUGUCUACAUCUCUUUCCUGAUGGGAGGUCUGACGAGUUGUAAA